CUCAAAACCUUCGGCCAUCUAAAAACCCUACCUUUCCUCCUCGCAACAAUGUCUUCCACCCACGACCAAGCUUUCCCUUCUCAACACCAAGACCUCCAACCCGGCAAGGAACACAUCAUGGAACCCACUCCCGACGCCCUACCUCGCGACUACAAAACUGCUGAAAAACUACUUGGAAAGUCAGCGCUCAUCACCGGCGGCGACUCCGGCAUUGGCCGCGCCGUCUGCCUCCACUUCGCCCUCGAAGGCGCCUCCGUCGCCUUCACCUACGCUAACUCCGACGAAGUCAAAGACGCCAACGACACCCUCCAUCUCCUCAACCAGCUCAAAACUCCCACCGCCAAAGCCCCUCUCGCCUUCCCCACCGACGCGGGCUUCGAAGACAACUGCCGCAAGGUCGUUGAAGCCGCCGCCGCCCACUUCGGCGGCACCAUUGACAUCCUCGUCAACAACGCGGCGGAGCAGUACGUAUCGCAUUCUAUCACCGACAUAACAGAGGAGCAGCUGGAGCGCGUCUUCAGGACAAACAUAUUCUCCUACUUUUAUAUGACGAAAUUCGCUGUUAAGUAUAUGAAGGAGGGGGGAUCCAUCAUUAAUACGGCGUCGGUGAAUGCUUAUAAAGGGAAUGACAAGCUCCUGGAUUAUACGGCGACGAAGGGGGCUAUAGUGGCGUUCACGAGGGGGCUGGCUCUGCAGUUGGUGGAGAAAGGGAUAAGAGUGAAUGGAGUGGCGCCAGGGCCUGUGUGGACGCCGCUUAUACCGGCUUCGUUUGAUGAGGAGGCUGUGGCGAAUUUCGGGAAGCAGGUGCCGAUGAAGAGGGCGGGGCAGCCGAAUGAGAUAGCGCCUAGUUAUGUGUUUCUUGCGAGCCUGGACUCUUCCUAUAUUACUGGUCAAGUUAUUCAUCCCAAUGGUGGCACCAUUGUUAAUGGCUAGGAGUAAGUUGCAAAGCGGCACCAUCUGUGGGAAUGAUGUUCCUCGAGAUUGUCGGCUUUUCGUUUUGGAAUAAGAUGAUGCGAUGAAGUGCGAAGAUUUUGCAGUGUUUUCACUUUGCUGUCUAGUUUUAUAUGUUGAUGUUGUCUGAACGAAGAUAAACUCAAUAUAUCAAAAAUAAGUACAAAAUGAGAGUAAAGGUUCAUUUCACAGUCAAAAAUUUAAUUUCUGAUUAGUCACAAAAAAUCGACUCUUGAAAAAUUAA